AGCAUAUAACAGCCUCAGUCUCGCUUCACUCCACUCCUGAACCACAAGUCCACAACAUUGCAGUUUGCAGAUAUUAGAGAUCGAAACAAUCUUUAGAGAGAGAAACAGUUUUGGAGAGACAGGACAAUGGCGAUCGCAGCAAUCGGAGCUUCAAGAAUUCAGGUACCUCCAAACCCCAUAAACGCCAUCUUAUCCACUCGCAAGCUCUCAUCAGCGGCCUCAAAUCUAUAUGGUGAAAAAAUCAAGUCCUGCUUCCGUUUAUCUCGCAGAGCCCCUCUCAACUGUAGAAAACCGCUUGUGGUUUCACCAAAAGCGGUUUCUGACUCUCGUAAUUCGCAGACAUGUCUUGACCCUGAUGCAAGCAGGAGUGUGUUGGGGAUCAUCCUUGGCGGUGGGGCUGGGACCCGCCUUUACCCUUUGACAAAGAAGAGAGCAAAGCCUGCUGUUCCGUUGGGAGCAAAUUAUAGGCUAAUUGACAUUCCAGUGAGCAAUUGUCUCAACAGUAACAUUUCUAAGAUUUAUGUCCUCACCCAAUUUAAUUCGGCAUCUCUUAACCGCCACCUUUCAAGAGCAUAUGGAAGCAACAUGAGCGGAUACCAGAAUGAAGGUUUUGUUGAGGUCCUUGCAGCUCAACAAAGCCCUGAGAAUCCAAACUGGUUCCAGGGAACAGCGGAUGCUGUGAGGCAGUAUUUAUGGCUUUUUGAGGAGCAUAAUGUCAUGGAAUUCCUGGUUCUUGCUGGAGAUCAUCUAUACCGAAUGGAUUAUGAGAGGUUCAUUCAGGCGCAUAGAGAAACAGAUGCUGAUAUAACAGUGGCUGCACUGCCAAUGGAUGAAAAACGUGCCACUGCUUUUGGUCUAAUGAAGAUUGACGAAGAAGGCCGAAUCAUAGAAUUUGCUGAGAAACCCAAAGGAGAGCAGUUGAAGGGCAUGAAGGUGGAUACUACAAUUUUAGGCCUUGACGACGAAAGGGCAAAAGAUAUGCCUUUCAUUGCAAGUAUGGGUAUCUAUGUGGUAAGCAAAGAUGUGAUGUUGGACCUAUUGCGUGAGAAGUUUCCUGGAGCCAAUGACUUUGGAAGUGAAGUCAUUCCCGGUGCUACUUCCAUUGGGUUGAGGGUCCAAGCUUACCUGUUUGAUGGAUAUUGGGAGGAUAUUGGUACCAUCGAGGCAUUCUACAAUGCUAAUUUGGGAAUAACCAAAAAGCCCAUACCCGAUUUCAGCUUCUAUGAUCGUUCUUCUCCAAUAUAUACGCAACCUCGGUAUCUACCUCCUUCAAAGAUGCUUGAUGCCGAUGUGACAGACAGUGUUAUCGGUGAAGGUUGCGUGAUCAAAAACUGCAAAAUCCAUCAUUCUGUGAUUGGGCUUCGUUCUUGUAUUUCGGAGGGUGCAAUAAUAGAAGACACUUUGUUGAUGGGUGCAGAUUACUAUGAGACUGAUGUCGAUAGGAGAUUUUUGGCUGCAAAAGGUAGUGUGCCAAUUGGUAUUGGAAUUAAUUCUCACAUCAAAAGAGCAAUUAUUGAUAAGAAUGCGCGCAUUGGUGACAAUGUAAAGAUCAUCAAUGGAGACAAUGUACAAGAAGCUGCAAGAGAAACAGAUGGGUACUUCAUAAAGAGCGGAAUUGUGACAGUGAUAAAAGAUGCUCUCAUCCCCAGUGGUACUGUGAUAUAAAUCUCUUCUUAGAAGUCUCCUUUUCUCGAAGCUUUUUCACGAAGCUAUUUCUUUUUCAAUCUAUAGAGAUCUAAACCCUUGGUGCAGUUGUAAAUUCUCUUCCCUAAUAAUAAUCUAGAUUUUUUUGCAUUUUCAGAGAUGUGUACUUCUUGCAUUUUCAAAGACGUGUUCAUGUGUCUUAUCUAAUCUAGAUUUUCUUUCAUU